AUGGAGAAUCCGGGGAAAGAAGAAGGAGAGAGACCGACGAGAGCUUGUGAUGGCUGCAGGAAAAAGAAGAUAAAAUGCAAUGGUCCAGCUAAACAUCCAGAUAAAUGCACUAACUGUACAGUCAGUAACACGGCUUGCUUGUACAACGAGCCUGCUCCUAAACGUGGAUUCACAGUCAGCUAUGUUAGAGAAUUAGAGCGUAAAGUAGCCCUGUAUGAGGCUUUAGUCGAGAAGUUAGCCCCAGGGAGAAAUCUCAACGAAGAUGUCGAAAGAGCGAGCAACAGUUCGCCGAUGUUUCCACCUAAGAGGAAUUAUAAUAGUAGCAGUGACAUGGAUAGAUAUUCGUCAGCUUCGAGUACGACAAUACCAAUGACGAAUAUCAUGUCCCGGGACCCCUCCAUGACGACGUACAGGGAAGAACCAGAACAGUCAGACAACUCAGACGACGAGAUGUUCGAAUCGCCCGCAAUGGGCCUGCACGAUGAUCAUGACGAAUCCAGUACAGAUAGGAUGAGGUACUUUGGUAGCGUCAAAGGUUUACUCGUGAAAGUCAAACAAUACACAGGACCUUCGACACCUCCGUUGUCAACGCAACAAAGACCAGAAUACUGGAAUACACACGAAAAACUUGAAGAGGAUAGCUACAUCGAACCAUAUGUUAAUGAAGAUUUUGGUGAUGAGCGACUUUAUAUGUUAUUAGUUGAGAUUUACUUUGAUAAAGUAAAUAGUACACUUCCAUUACUCAAUAAAAAGAGGUUCGUUGCAGAAAUCAGUCAAAGGAAGUUAGAGAGGAAGUUUGCUAGCAUACUCAUCUUGGUUUGUGCCUUGGGUGCACUCUACUGUGAUGACCAACGAGUUUUGUUACCUAGCAGAGAACCAUUUAGGUUCCUUGCUGGUAGCAGCUUCUUAGCAACUUACAAAAGGAAAGCACCAGAUUAUAGUUUAUCUGCUGCCACAUUAGAGGACAUACAGGCCCUAAUUUUGCUGCAGAUGUUUGUUCAACGUAGUACACAUCUUAAGAGCAGCUGGAAUUUAAACGGUGCUGCGCUUGUCAUAGCAGAAGACAUCGGACUGCAUCUCCAAUCUGCAUUGCCAGAUCAAAGCGAUAGAGAAUCCAGAAGUCGUGCAAUGUAUUGUAUUUACCUCUUUGACAGGUCCUUAAGCGCGGCAUAUGGUAGACGUAUUCUAUGUAAAGAUGAAGAUCUCGCUUUAGAACUGCCUAAGCCACUUCCUGAGGAAAUCGGUAGCGAUGAGGAGUUGGCUAUUAUCUAUUUCAAUCAUAUGGUUAAGCUUUAUGGAAUACAAGGACAAAUUAUGCAACAAAUAUACAGUCUCAAGAAAGGCAACGAGAAGAAUGAUACGCAUAAAAGCGUCGCAUCUAUGAGCUCGAAAUUGAAUCAAUGGCUAGAUGCUGUACCAGAACAAUUGAAGUAUACGGAGAGAUGUUGCAAUAACUUCAUCUUCCAACUGGCUAGUAACCUUAGAAUCGCGCAUUAUAACAUUCAAAUAUUCAUGUACAAGAACUUUGUACCACACCCUCAUACUAAGAAACUUUCAAAAUUCAAGAUGCAAAGUUUGAUGAUUUGCGCAAAUGCUGCGAGAUCUUUGCUUAGCAUUUUCAAUACUAUGGAACUGAAGAGAUCAAUUGUGCAGAACUAUAUUGAUGUAAUGCUCAAUUUAAGUCCUUUCAAUGCGAUUGUCAUUUUGAUUCUCAGUGCUUGUGAAAGCCGACGGAAUGGACAGGAUAACCAAUCGGAUUUAGAGUACAUAGAAAUUGGCGUUAAUAUCUUACGUAGAAGGGAGAUUAGAGAUAUUGUCGCUGGAAAAUCGUUAGAUGUCAUUCUGCAUCUCAUCAAGGCAUGUCAGUUGCGAGUAAAUACUACCACCAAGCGUCGCCGUAGCAAUGAUAUGUAUUUGGCAACAUCUUCAUUAAAGGCUUUGACAGAGAUCCCUAGUGCGCAACAGACUAGUGAUAGUACUAGUCCCGCGAGAGAUGACCAGAUGCUUCUGAACAGCAUGUUCAACUUUAUGCACUCAAAUCCUAUCAAUGCGUUCGACAAUGGCACAGAGAAUGCGACAUUCAUAAAUUCAACACCUGUCGACAGCGCUGAUUUAGAAUGGAGUAGCUUCCUAUCGUCGGUUUUUCAAGGAUCAUAAAUUUAGAUGUAUUUUUAUAGAACAACGUUCACACUUUUGUAGAAAAAGCAAAUUACUCCGUUACGUUUAUUUUGUUUUCUCUUGAAAUUUCUCAGAGGCAUCUGAAACCUUCUUUGCUGUUUCGUGACCGAACUCUUUGGCCUUCUGCGAAGCACUUUCAACGUGAGGUUUUACAUCUUCAGCUUUCUCUUCAGCUUUUUGUUUGCCUACUUCUGCAUUUCCUUGAGCACUAUCAGCAGCUUCAGACAUGCCUUGUUUUGCUUCUCCAGCCAGGUCGCUACCUUUUACGUAAACUCUAUCACCCGUUGCUUUAGCCUUUUCUUUCAUCACUUCUGCUUUCUCUUCUGCUUUCUGUUUCUCAUCUUUACCGAAAACAGUUUGUUUGACUGUAUUAGCUAUAGAAUAGCGUAUUGGAGUAGUUGUAGCAAAAGAUCUUUGAGUUUGACGUGUUAUUUGUUUCAUAAACAUUAUCGUUUCUGUCAAAAAUGCGUCUCUCCAAGCGGAAUAAAUAGCCCAUUACUGACAUCAUCCAAUUGUGAAUCAUCAGUUGGUGCAGGUAUCAUCAGGUCCUUAUUGUAAGUUAUAAAUUGGAAGUUAGCUUAGUUAUAAGGACUAUGUAACGUAUCGAUUUACUAUCUCCCUAGAACAGAAAUCCAGCUGUGUUUUGUUCGCGCUGUCACACUAACCAUAUUUUUUAUGCUAGAUGGGUUUUGUGUAUAUUUGAAAUUUUAUCAGAAUUUUUUAACCUGUAAACACUGUUAAGUCUAUUAACUAUUGAGAUAUUUUCUCCCGCAGUAAAUUCCGUAACAACAUUCCAGUGUCAAGAACGCACACAUUAAUCAAUUGAGCGUGUCGAUAGGGUCGUUUCGCCAUGACCAUUAUACCAUUCCUGACAGUAUCUGUCAUUACUACUUGUACGUCUUGCUUGUUCAUUAAAGACGUAACUUAGAUGACCACAUAGACGUUAAUAGCGUGCCGAUUCCACAACUGCUCGGUGGAUCACUAGACUUAAGUGAGUGCUCAUAUUAUUAGUAUGACAGUCCCCUAAACACCCUCUAGAUGCUGGGAACUUGGAAGCACCAGUGAAUGACGGACUUGUAGACAACCUCUUAGGAAACUUGACUUAUUGAAUACACUAUCCUUUUUAUUUCCUAUCUUGUAGUUGUAAUUAUCUGCUACUGAGCACCCGGUCCAUGAAACAUCAU